UCCCUGGUGGAGCCAGCCUAGAGCGACGGGAAGAAUCCAAGUCGAGCAGAAGAGAUUCGAGGAGGCGUAAAAAAAUCAAAGAAAAGAGGCAACGAGGAGGGCACAAGCGGGCUGAGCGCACUGGUCACCGCGUCUCCAAAAGGCCGCCAUCAUGUCAGCGAGGAGCGCAUCGAGGCAGUCGAAGGAGCGCUCGCCGGCCGAACAGCACUCUGACGACAACGACGGCGUCCGGAGUUCGGCGACAAGGAGGAGCGAGGCCGGCGGAGCGGACAAGGCGCACCGGGAAAGGGACAGUGAACGGGAAGGAGACAGAGCCAGAGCAAAAGCCAGGGACAAGGAUGGCGACCAGAACGGCGAUGAAGACGAGGGUGGCUAUUCGGAUGUGGACGAGCUGGUGGAAUCCGACAGCGAGCGCCCGCUCGCCGAAGUAGCGCGACCUCUCAGAGGUCAAGCGCACCAGCAGUCAGCAAAGGCUCCUGUCCGGGGCGUGGGACGACGGCCCGCGGGGGGCUCCAGGAAUUCAUCGCAAGCGUCGCCAUCAGUCACUCGCAAGGACGGCGAAGAGGAGUCCGAGAGUGCAGCCACAGAAUCAGACAGGGACAGAAAGAGUAAAGAAGGCGCAACGGGGAGCCCAAGAGUUGGGGGCGCAAAGGGUAGCGGUAUCGGUGUAGGUACAGCAGCUACGGCAGCAGCAGCGUUGCCAGAGAACAGUGUCAAGAUGAACGGGCACAGCAAUGGCAACACUCCUUCGCCUUCCGUCACCCCCAUGAUCGCCGCCGAGGCGAAAAAGACCACAAGACCCUCUUCGGCAUCUCCACAGCCUGCCUCGCGUAACGCCUUUGCUCCUCCCCGCGCCUCUUCGACGACGAAUGGCGCAGGUCCUCUACGAGAAAUGCAUGGCAGGACCGCGACUGGAGGGCCAGUUCCUUACUACUACCCCUCGAACAGCGUCGCUGGCAGCAGGACGGGUGUCAACACAAAGACUGGCCGAGCCAUGAUCCCAGGCCAACCCUCUACGCUGCGAGCGCAGCAGCAGUCCUUGCCACAGGCUCAGCAGCAACAGCAGCAGCAACAACAACAACAACAACAACAGCAGCAGCAGCAGCAGCAGCAGCAGCAACAGCAACAGCAGAGCCAACAGCAGCGAUCUCCGAGAGAGAGUCUGGGCGCGCAUUUGCAGAGGUCAGCCAAGCCUGGCAGCAACACACCGCCUAAAUCGUCCGAGACUGUCGAUCUGACUGCUGAUGAGGUCGACAAGUUCCUCGAUCUCAUCGAGAAGCACAACCUGGACACCUCCGAUGAAGACGAUAUGGCCAGAUCCGUCACGGAGCUAUACCAGGAGUGGCUCGAGUGGUGUGCCAAGCGCAAUGUCGCCAGCACAAAGAGCAAGCAGGGGCUCGUCGCCGAGUUUGUCAGGAUUCACAAUGGCGCGUACGGCCAGUCUCGCCAGCAGAGGGCGCUCAGCAUAGUCCAGGGCUCGCGUAAUGGCUCUAUGGACCCCGUUCUGGCCUCGGCUACGCAGCAGAUCAAGGCAAAUGACCGCCAUGCGACAAGCAGUACAGUGGCCCCUUCGUCUGAGCGUGAGCGGCCCACGACUAAGCCCUUGAACGAAGACCAGCCCGCUUCGUUGAAUCGGUCUGCCAUGAGGCCAACAGCCCCUGGACGGCCUCGAGGGGAGAAUGGUGGAUAUGGGAGGCCGCCUCCAGGAUACGACUAUGGAACUUCUUCGCCACCACUGGCGCCACCGCCGCAACGAGUCGUGUCGAAUGGAGCCGAUGUGCGCGCGUCAGUCGAGGGGAUGCGUCUCCAGAUUCGCGAGGAUAUAUGGAAGGAUGCCGCCGUAAUGAUCACACAACUCGUCAACGAGCAGGUGUCGGAUGUCAUUAGCGAGAACCGAGAACUGAAGAGCAAGGUCGCUCAGCUCGAAACGCAUUCAGACAACCUAGCACAGUGGAUUCAGCACCUGAACAAAGUCCAGGACGACCUGACAAUGGCCAUGCGAUCUCUCAAGUCGCCCAUCUCUCCUACAAAUGCACAGCAGCAGCAUGCGCCGCAGCCGCAACAUCAGCGUGGGGCAUACCGCAGCCCCCCUCCCCGUGGUGGUGUCGCGCCACCGAUGGACAAUGUUGAAUACGACGAGCAUCCCCCCUAUGGCUAUAGUGGUGGAUCCCAGGGAAGACCGUAUCCUGCGCCUGGCCCAGCAAGGAGGGCAUCGCUCUCGCCGCCGCGAAGGCAGCAGCAGCCACAGCCGCAGCCGCAGCAAUCGUAUGCGGCGGGCAAAAUGCCUUCUGCCCCUGCUCCGCCCGUUUCUCGUCGCGCACCUCCUCCGCAAGCGGAUCAUUACUACGAAUGUGCGGGCGGCGCAGAGCCGAGCAGCAGGUCCAAGCCUCAUCCAGGCUCUGCCAGCUCGACACCUCGGGUCCAUCAUCGCGAUACUGCCGGCGGCGGCGGCGGCGGCGGCGUUUACUACGAUGAACCUCCUCACCACGCACCGUACCCCGUCAAAGGUCGGCCAAUGCCUGCCCCAGCGUCUGGGGCUGGGCAAGGCCCGCCUCCGCUGCCGCAGUCUCACGCAGCUGUCCCUCACGAAGGCGCUGCACGCAUGCAUCCGAACGCCUACUACCCUCCCUCGCCCUACGCAGCUCCACCCGCAAUUGCCGAUGAGCCACAGUCACACCACACGCAGUACCAUCCUCACCAGGCAGGACCGAACUCCCAAGGCGGUCCGCCAAGGUCCACCUCGAUGCAACACCAUCCACACCACGGUGCUGGUGGUGGUGGUGGUGAUGCUCCACCAUCGCGUCCCCAGGCGGUCUCCUCUUUCGCAGACGGGCAUUCUUCGCGCAACUUGAAGCGGCCCCGACACGGCUACUGAGCCUCCGUUCUUUUCUCCACUUGUUUCCCCUCUAACCUCCUCUAUCAUGUUACCAAACACAUUCCUAUAAUCUACUUCAUCAUUUCACACUCAGUCCAGCUUUCUGCCGUCUUUUCUUCUCUUCUCCCCCUCGUCUCUUCUUCGUGCGACUGAAGAAAUAUUGCAUCGAAUGCUAUUCAGACACGG